UCCUAGACUUCGGACUCAUCCAACCCGGCAUCCUCUCGCCUCUCGUACAGCAUAGACAUGGUUGGCUUUCAGUCCCUGGUCGUUCCCCUGCUUCUCGCAUCUUGGGCGGUAGCGCAUCCCGUCCCCAUCGCCUUCCCGCCUUACCGCUGGAAGACCGAGCUCUGCAAGCUCUCCCCCCGGAUUUCGCAGGUGCUGUGUCCGCGCGACAGCGCUGCGAACGCCGCGACCGUCAGCACCCCCAUCGGCACUGCGCAGGGGACCGCGGACGACGCUGGGGCCACGCGCUUCGCCGUCAAAUACGCGUCUGUAACACGUUGGCAGCCCUCCGCACUGGCCACCAAGUGGGAGCUCCCCAACGGGUCAUCGGACGUCACCGCCCUUCCCGUCCCAUGUGCUCAGCUGAGCGGCAGCUCGAUCGUGGGCGUGGAGGAUUGCUUGUCCAUGAUUCUCUACGUCCCUUCGACGGUCACUGCGGGCAGCGACGCCCCCACCUUCAUGUGGAUCCACGGCGGCUCCUUCGUGACCGGCUCUGCAACUGAUGCCGGCCUCGACGGUUCCAAGCUCGCGGCGGCGACCAACUCGAUUGUUGCGGUUAUCCAGUACCGUCUUGGUGCACUUGGAUUCCUUGCACCCUCCGGCGCGCACAACCUUGCGGUAGCGGAUGUGAUGACCGCUCUCUCAUUCCUGCAAAAGGUUGUUCCUAGCUUCGGCGGUUCUGCCUCCAAGAUCACGGUCGCUGGCCAAAGCUCCGGCGCGAACAUGAUCAGGGCCCUUCUGGCUGUUCCUUCCGCCGACUCCCUGUUCCAGCAGGCGAUUUUGCAGUCCGACCCGAUGGACUUCGGCUUCCUGUCUACGAGCGUGCACCAGGAUCUUUUGGACGCUUACAUGGACAACGUGAACUGCACAGCUAGCAACACGGCUUGUGUUGGCGCGCUCUCCUUGAGCACUAUCUUGAACGGUCAGGCCACACUCCUCGAUCAGGCGGUCAACGGCGACCUCGACGAAGCCGCUGGAUCCUCGGAGCCUAUCCGUCCCGUCCGUGGCAACGUGCUCAUCACAUCGACCCUUGAUUCGACCGCGCCCUUCCCCAAGGUCUCGAAGCCCGUUAUCGUCUCUACCGUGCGCAACGAGGCGGGUCCGACGAUCUACGGCGGGUUCCCCGACACCGUCAACGACUCCUUCUACGAGCAACUCGUCUCGUUCACCUUCGGCACCCCGCGCACGGACCGCAUUCUGGACACUGCUGUCUACGCCGUGUCGCCUGCUGUUGAUGGUGUGGACACCGACCAGCGCCCCACGCUGGAGGCGCUCGGCACGGACCAAAUUUGGCGCUGCGCGUCCUGGCAGUUCGCCCGGAACUGGGUCGGCAACGGCGGAAAGGCGUACGUUGGAGAGUACAUGGUCGGUGCGACGUACCCCGGCAACGAUGAAGUUCCGUUUUGCAAGAGUGGCGGCGCAGUGUGCCACCAGGAUGACAUCGAGAUUGUCUUUGGCACUGUGCCCAGCCCGACCACCUCGCAGACGGCCCUGAUCAAGGAAAUGCAGGCGCGCUACAGCAACUUCCUCCACACCGGCGACCCGAACGCGAGCGGCUUCGCGAAGUGGAACGUCGCGGGCACAGACAACGUGAACGCGAUCAACCUCGGUGCCUCCGGCCUGGCCACCGUCGGCGCGUGCAACACCAGCUACUGGGGCACCUUCGUCCAGUUCGACUACCAGGUGUUCAACCUCUAACGCCGCCCCGCCUUCGGUCCACCUCCCCCAUGGCACCCACCCCUUCUUCCGGCCCCCACUAUUCCCAUUGUCCCCAUAUAGUUCUCUCUCCGGGUUUUGAGCGUUGACGAUCUUGGCAACGACGGUUACGCAUUACCACACCUUCUAAUCUUGGCUCCCCACCCCCACCUAAUUAAUUCGCGACUCUACUACUCGCGCCUUCCCGGCUUUGUAUUCACAGACGACCUCUUUCCUCAUUCAUGAACUUUCACCUUCACCGCUCUCCGCAUAUUUAUCUUGCUUUGUUUUUGGCUUACCGCCGCCCCCGUGUAUCCAUAAUGACCCCCCUCCUACGCCGCGACUCGCGUCGCCGUACGAUCUGUAGCCC